AUGUCAUCAACGAAGGGCCUUGUUCUCAUCACGGGUUCCAACGGCUUCAUUGGGGCUCGAACUGUCGAAGCCUUCCUCAAGGCCGGGUACUCCGUCCGGGCCGUGACCCGUUCGUCAUCUUCAGCCGAGGGUUUGCUCAGCGCGUUGACGAAGUACACGGAGUCUGGCCACUUAACCACAGCUCUGGUACCCGAUAUCACGGCGCCGGGAGCUUUCGACGAAGCAGUCAAGGAUGUCACUGCCAUCACCCACCUUGCGAGUCCCGUCAACUUCAAAGUACGAGAUGCGGAUGCUAUCAUUGGGUCGGCUAUCAAUGGCACGACCGGCAUUCUGAGCUCUGCACUCAAGGCGCCCUUGCUAAAAUCAUUCGUUUACAUGUCAUCGAUCGUGGCCGUGAGGGGCAAAGGAGAGAAAUUUCUUGGUCGAUACGUCACGGAAGAAGAUUGGAACGAUGAAGCCGAGGAUGCUUUGGAGAAAGCGGGUGAUGAGGCUACGGGACACCACUUCUAUGUUGUCAGCAAAGUCAAGGCCGAACGGGCCUUUUGGGAAUUCCGAGAGAAGAACGCCGAAAACAUUAAGUUCACCAUGACGGCGAUCAAUCCUGUCUGGGUUGCGGGGCCGCCUUUGAUCCUGCCAGAAGACCCGAACAAGCUGAGCGACACUGCGAUCGUCGCGUACCAGGUUAUGGCUGGGCAGGAAGUACCGCCCGUCGGUCCAGGAAACGGCACUCAUGUCGAUGUCCGAGAUGUCGCUCGUCUUAUCACCUUUGCGGUCGAGCACAAGGAUGUUGCUGAUGGGCAGCGGUACAUCGCUGGAGGAAACGGCAAUGUCGCGAACGUCCAGGCAUACUGCGAUCUUCUCAGAAAGGCGUACCCCGACAGGAGGGACAUCAUUCUUGAAGGCAAGCCGGGCGAAGGCUAUCAUCAAGACUACAGCAUAAUCCAGGGCUCGCCUAUGGUCGAUGGGUCCAAGGCUAUUAAAGCAACAGGUCAGAACUGGAUCCCUUUCGACAAAACUAUUCUGGACGCUGCGAAAGCAUAUGAGAGGUACUUCUAA